AUGCGCUCAUCACGGAUUUCAAGAGAUGCUUCGAAACUAUUCGAUCAUACGGCUGAGCCCAUUUCACCUCCAAGACGAUUGACAAGGUCUGCGCUAGCCAAAUUCGCCUUUACCUCGACAGAAGAGUCCAAACCUACGAUCGCCGAUAUCGAAGACAGUGGAGAUCCUGCUCGCAAACGAAGGCGUGCCGUAGUGACUAAGACCGAAUUUUCGAAAUCCGCCCGAGUUGUAAAGCCUGAAGUGGUCGACAAAGCCCUCGAUGAUAUCCCUUCACCCCCAGCAAAAGCGCGACGGGUUCGUAAGCCCGCUCGCAAAGCCUUCGAUGCAACAACUGGCGUAACGAAGAUGGACCCUCCCUCAGAUUGGGAGGCUGUUUAUGAUACCGUGAGGAAGAUGCGGGCACCAGGCGGGCGAGCUUACGGUGCAGCUGUUGACACUAUGGGAUGCGAACGCCUGGCGGAUCGAAACGCAUCGCCAAAAGACCAGAGAUUUCACACAUUGGUGGCGCUCAUGCUAUCGAGUCAGACAAAGGACACGGUGAACGCCGUGGUUAUGAGGAAGAUGCAAACUGAACUGCCACCGUUUGAACCCGGGGCACCCCCAGGACUAAACCUAAAUAACAUACUGGCAAUCGACCCUAAGCUUCUGAACGAGUUCAUCUGGGCGGUCGGCUUCCAUAAUAAUAAGACAAAAUAUAUCAAGCAAACAGCCGAGAUACUCCGCGAUACAUGGGAUGGCGAUAUCCCCAACACCAUCGAGGGCCUCGUAUCGCUGCCGGGCGUCGGACCCAAGAUGGCCUAUCUCUGCAUGUCCGUAGCAUGGGGUAAACAUCUGGGGAUUGGUGUUGAUGUGCACGUACAUCGUAUCACAAAUCUUUGGGGUUGGCACAAAACGAAGAACCCGGAGGAGACACGAACAACACUUCAGUCAUGGCUCCCUCAGGAUCGAUGGCAUGAGAUCAAUAAUCUUCUGGUGGGGUUGGGACAGUCGGUAUGUCUUCCUGUCGGUCGCAAGUGCGGCGAAUGUGAUCUUGGCCUUGAAGGACUAUGCAAAGCUGCCGAUCGAGCAAAGGUGUCUGCUGGACGUAAGCUCAAAGCCGAAAAAGUUGAAUCGGAGGCCCAGAGCGACACACUGGUCAAAAUGGAGGUUUCACAGAGCAUUGUAAUCAAAGAAGAGGGUGGUGCAUGA